AUGGCUGAGGAUGGCGGAGAUAUCGUAACGAUAAACACCCCGACAUACCUGAAACGGGUUUCUUUCUCCAAGUUAGGGCGGGACAAACAAGGCGCCAAACUUCGGGACAGUACUUCCGGUCUGCGGCGCCAUCACUCGCUGGUUGGCAACAUGGCUGACAUCACUAAGGACCCCAGGGUGAUUGCCAACCAAGGGCUGUCUUAAACUAUGCCAGUUCUCAGAAAACAAGCAGACAGUGCAAUGCAGUGCCCAGCUUGUUGUACAAUUAUUGUAAUACGUUGUGAGUGUGAUGGUAUACAAUUAAACCUGAAUAUUUUACAAUUGUUGUCAAAGUAUACAGUGAGCUGAGCUGUGCUGGCAGGGAUGCAUUGUGUGUGUGUUCCAGUGCCCCAUCCUGUCUUUAGGUAAAAUGUCAUUAAAAUAGGUAUGAACCAAGUUUUAUAUGAGAAAUCUCUGUUUUCUAGGGUCUGGCUUAUUCAGUGCUUUCCAGACAGGCGCUCCUCGGGCAGCUCAAAUAUCUCAUUCAGGCUGUGAGGACGCCAGGGCAGUGGGCGUGGCUUAUCAGGAUUAUAAAUAGCUGCUGCAGCGGCCAUCUUUCUCUUCUCCCUUUUGGUGUUGGAGUGGUAAUAUGGCGCUUGGUGUUCAGCUGUGUCUAGAAAUGGCGGCCAGUCUCCACUUUCAAUCCGUUCUGUAUCCGAGCCAUCCUGGUGUAUACCGUCCCCAGAUACUCCUACAAAGGUAGAGGAUGGAGAUAGCUUCCCUUAUGGAGCAUUGUAUAUAAUUAUUUAUGUUAUUUGUAUAAUGUUAAUAGUAUCUCUGUGUGCAAGGCAGUAAUGCUAUCAAUAUUGUCUGUAACUUUAUGUAUCGUCACUUGUGAUUUUUUUUAUUUGACUUCUGGCUAGAGUUGUCAUUGUUCUCUAACUUUGUAUGAUGUAUUGUUACAGGUAAUGGAAGCCAUGUUGGUGAUAUGGACUGGGUCUACGCGUUGGCGGAUGUGAAUGGCGUAUAGAUCGUAAGUACGGACUCAGCAUUUCUCCAUGUCUAAGCGAAUCUAUCAUCAAAACAUAUUUGUAAACUGCCACCUGCUGCAGCAAACCUAGCUCUUACUUAACAUCUGCUUUAUAGUAAGUUUUCAAAUCUCCUCCCAGGGGCUUACUUUCAUGAUCGGUGGCUAGUACAGAUGACUUUUAUCUACUUUGCGCAUGGAUAACCCAUUGUUCUGCGCUGUUGUGUGAUGCACCACUGCCUUAUCAGUUGGUCUCCACCUCCCUAAACGUUUCUGCUAAUCUGUGAAUUUAGCUCAAACCGUGAGCUAUUAAAAGUAGCUAAAAUUGUAACCACUGCAUUUAUAUUCCAUACAUAAUCUUUUGAUGAUGGAGUCCCUUUAAAUGCUUGGCCUGUAAAUGAUGAGAUCAAUAACUCAUGAUCCAUAUAGUGAUGAAACAUCCGCAGCGUUCUGACCGGCCUUGGCUUCUCUGGAAGCUGCAUUGCAGUCUAUACAGAAUGCUAAUGUUUGUUCUGUUUUAUUGCAGGGUGUACUGAGCUGACGGUCAGAGGAAUGACACUGCUGUAUGCUGCAAACUAAGGUAAGCAUGGCUUGACUGCAUAUAGAAUUCACUUAGCAAGCUAAAGACUGGCUGUGUUAUACUUUGACUCCAGUCCAAGCCCUGUGAGCAUGCAUGAUGACAUCUUGACUAGAGUCUCUGAAUGUUAUGAAGCCUUAGUAAACGCUCUGAAAUGCUCACACCGUACACGUUGAUGUGAAUUAUAUCCCUUUUUGUGUGGGUUUUAACAAUCCAUGUAUUUGCAGGUGCAGUGACUGCUGUUUUAAUCUUAAUCCAUUUUCAUGUGACGUCUUCAGCUGGUCGCCAUCACUGACCUUGGUAUGUAAAAAAUGUGCAUGGUGAUAUAGCAGUCUCUUAAAAUGAAAUAAUAAUGUAAUAUCCUACCCGUUGGCAUGUCUUUAUAACGACUUCCUUUUGUUUAUAAACUACCUGUGUUUUUGGUUCUGUAGAGGGUUAAUGUAUCCGAACAUGUCUAGAGUACAAACUGACUGUAAACUGUAACCACAGGAAGCUGGGUGGCAAUAUUGACUACCCCAGCCUGUAUUGCAGAGUGAGCGUGAAUGAUGACAGCUUGACUAGAGUCUCUGAAUGUUAUGAAGUUAUAGUAAACGCUCUGACACGCUUUUGCCCUGGAUUAGGCAACCUCGGCACUUCAGAAGUUGUGGACUAAAUCUCCCAGAUGCUUUGCCAGCUUUAGGGCUUUGAGUAUUAUGGGAGACUUGGUCCACAACAUUUGGAUUGCCGAAGGUUGCCUUUACAUACUUAAACUCUGGGUCUCUAUAGUCUUAAGUAAAUGACUUCCUUGUUAUGUAGUUAAUCUUUAUCCUGUUUCUGCAGGUGGCACUGAGGAUUUGAUUGAACAAGUUACCUGUUGGCUCUUCCCACGGUAAGUGUAUGUAACUCAGUUUAACCUAAUGACAAAGCAUAAGCGUGGCUGAUGACAGCAUUAGACUAGAGUCUCUGAAUUACCAGUGAUGCUUUAGUAAACGCUCUGACACGCUUGACAUGUAAUGGGGGGUUUGUGCUUGUUUGGACAUUUACUUGUAUGAUUAGGGUAUGCAUUAUUCUAGGCUUCACCAGUUACUAGGCCUGUUUUUAAAAUGGCUUAUCCUGUAAGAGGUCCUUAUAUUGCUAGCUUUCCGUUCUGAACAGCUAAAUGGAUCCAUCCACGAUGUGUGGCUUCCCUGCAUCACAUCCGCUCUGGGUUGGAUAACUAGUGGGUGAGGUGGAACAUGCAUUUCUAAAGGGCGAAAACGUGGUUAAAAGUGUAUCCAAAUCUUGGUUGGUCAGGAUUUAUAGAACCUGCAGCUCUGAUUAAUGUUCAUUCUACACUUGUGGAACGUGCUUUUACUGAUGCAAGUAGUUGUGACAUUUUUUUUUUUCUAAUUGUUUAAAAGGAUUCAUUGAAUAGGAUUUGAGAGGAAACUUUUUUUUUUUUUUUUUUGAGCAGUGUUGUAGAAUCCAGACUCCUUUUGUGUGUACAGAGAGCUUGACUGUCUUUUUGUUCUACAGGUACCAACUGCCACAAUGUUCCUCCUGA